GCGGACUCGGUGUCACGAGACGCCAGCCCGUAGCGGAAGUAGGAAGUGAUGGUAGCGGAGCUCCGAGCUGGGCCUCGGGGGCUGCUCUAGCGGCCGUAAGGAGCCGGGCCCGGAGCCCGACAUGGCGGCGCGUGCGCGGCUCUGCUCGCUGCUCGGCUCGGCGCUGGCCCUGGCCGCGCUCGUGGGGCAGGUGACGGGGGUCAAGAAUUCUGAGGAUGUCCGAUGUAAAUGCAUAUGUCCUCCUUACAAAGAUCAUCCUGGCCAUAUUUACAACAAAAAUGUUUCACAGAAAGACUGUGAUUGUCUUCAUGUGGUUGAGCCUAUGCCCGUUCCUGGACCUGAUGUGGAGGCAUACUGCUUACGUUGUGAAUGCAAAUACGAAGAGAGAAGCUCUGUCACAAUUAAAGUUACAAUCAUAAUCUAUUUAUCCAUCUUGGGCCUCCUGCUGCUGUACAUGGUGUACCUUACAUUGGUAGAACCUAUACUGAAGAGACGUCUCUUUGGACAUUCACAGCUAAUUCAAAGCGAUGAAGACAUUGGGGAUCACCAACCUUUUGCAAAUGCUCACGAUGUGCUGGCUCGUUCCCGGAGUCGUGCCAAUGUGUUGAACAAAGUGGAGUAUGCCCAGCAACGUUGGAAGCUACAGGUCCAAGAGCAGCGCAAAUCUGUCUUCGACCGUCAUGUUGUGCUCAGUUAAUUGAUGUCUAAUUCAGUGAUGACCAGAAGAAAGUAAAAGGGACUAAAGGAAAGAGCUGACUUAUGUCUUCCUGAUUCUGCCACUUUUGAAUGGUUUGUUACUGGCAGCAAAGAAGUGUUAACUUUUGUAAGAAUGUUCUGGAAUGGAAACUAUCAAAAAUAAACAACAAAGUUAAUUAGCCAAAAGCUGAUAAUUCUUUACAUUUUUAAAUGGCAUUUACUAAUAAAACUAAAAAAAACAACUUACUCUAAGGUAUCUUUGGAUGUAACUGUGGUACCUUAUUUAUUAUGACUAAGAUGUUUUAAAAUGUAACCUAUACGGUUUAAAAAGCACCAGAGAGCAUACUCUGUAACAAAAGAUCAGUUACAACACACUAAUCACUUUACUCAGUGAACUUUUGUAAAUAUACUCCGUUUUUCUCCUCACUGUUUAAUGCUGUGUACUGGAAAUCUAAAUCUUGCAGUGUAGUUUUCCUAUCUGACAUUGGCCAGUUGUGUUCAUCAUUUGGUUUCUUGCACUGUUACUUUGAAGAUGUUUGUAUAGCAGCUGACCGUUGCAAACUUAAGGCAAAACUUAAAUGGACAAUGACUGUUGAUGAUAAGCUGCACACUUAAGGUACUGUGAUGUAGAUAAACUAAUGCAGUGCAUAUUAAGACAGCGCUUUACUGUUUUGCUUUGAUCACUUAGUAUAUUGUAUGUGCUACCUACAGAUCUCUUCCCUGUCUCUUCAUGGAUAAAGUCUCAGGAGUUAGUGUAUGAUAAAGUAUAUAUUUAAAAAAUAAACUCUAUUUGUCUGGGUUGAUGGUAUAAGGCAUAUACUCUCCAGCAUCUUCUGUCAUCUUGGGAGUUAGGUGUAUUUUUUAACUGUGAUGCUGUACUCAUCCCUCUGAGGUAUACAGCUACUGAAUAACUAACUUUCAUAUAUCCUCUUUGGAAUGGAACAAUUAAAGAUGAUCAUGAUUUUUGAAAAACCUA